AUGUCGCUCUCUCAGCUUCGUGCAGACCUAUACUAUGCAGCCCCCAUUCCUACAGGCCACAAUCUACCCGAUGGUUCGGUCGGCCUAUGGCAGCCAACAGUUGUUACACUGAUAUCGGGUGCAUCGGAGGCAGUUCUCGUCGAUACUUUGCACACUAUCGAUCAAGGCGUUGCGUUGGCCAACUGGAUCGAGGAAACUCUGGAACCACACAAAAAAUUGACCAAGAUCUACAUCACUCACGGACACGGUGAUCACUUCUUCAACAUCCCCUAUCUCCUCGAACGGUUUCCGGCGGUUGAGGUUCUGUCUACGCAGAAGGUCAUUGAUCACAUGAAAACUCAGGGGGAACCGGACUUGCGCGCUUUCUGGGAAGGAAUGUUUCCAAAUCAGAUUGCAAACUCUUCGUAUCAAGCGCAGGCAAAGCCUUUGGGUACUGACAACACCUUUACGCUCGAGGGGCAUGUUUUGCAAGCCGUGGAAGUCGGCCACUCCGACACGGAUGACACCACUUUUCUGCAUAUGCCCGCCUUGGAUCUGGUGGUCGCGGGCGACGUAGUGUACAACGACGUUCACAUGUGGAUGACUAAGUCGCCGCAACAAAGUCAGCGCAAUGAAUGGAUCCAAGCUCUAGAUGAACUCAAAGCCCUCGAGCCAGCCAUCGUGGUAGCGUCCCAUCAUAGACCCGGAGGAAUCGAUGGUGCCUUCAACAUUGACGCUUCGAGGGAGUACGUCGAGACUUUCAGCAAGAUUGCAGCUCAGUCAAAGAAUUCUCGAGAUUUUUACGACAAGAUGUUGCUUGCUUUCCCGAGUAGGAUUGGAAAACUAGCGCUGUGGCUUAGCUGCCAGGCUUAUUUUCCUUCCGAUUCAGGUGCGUAG